UUCGCAAACAAGUAAGUAAGUAGGUUUGUUACGACAACAACGAGACUGGUUGAUGUUUGUAAACAAAGCAGCUUCUACCAAAUAAUCACGGCGACCAGAAUGACAGCCUAAUUGAUAAUAACAGAAUCGAAAGUAGGACAAGUAGCACGGUCAGAACUGAAAGAGUCAAAAGAAGAAAAGUUGGAGUUGUAUUAGAUGUUAAAAUAUUGCAAAUCAACAUUACUAAUGUCAAAAAAUAAAAUGUUUGGGUUCGGCUAUACUUACAGAUGUGCUAUAUUGAUGGUUUUCUUCUUUCAAUUUGUUUACACAUACAAACCUGUUGUUUUGGUUCGUGGAAUAUUUUCAGAUGGCGAUGAAUUAAACGACCUGAAAAAUUUAAUUAUACAAUCUCAUCCGAACACGAAUGUGACGGUUUUAAAAUAUUUAUCGGAUUUGGAAACGCUCGAAAACUUGUCGUUUCAACUCAGGAUUUUUAAUAACAAAAUGAAACGCUUUAUAAAAAAGUAUAAAGACGGCUUUCACAUUAUUUGUCACUCACAAGGUACAUUGUUAGUAUUUACAACAAGUGGAUUGCUGUGCCUCGGCUUAUUGGAAAGUGUUACUAAACACAACAUUGAAACAUUUGUAGCCCUCUCGACACCAAUUUUUGGUCAGUAUGGGUUACCAAAAGUAAUUCUUCGACGCAUACCCGUCUUACGACCAAUCGCAAACUUGACUAGAGAGCUGCUUUCGCCCUUUAUAUACAGGUCAUUUCUUCAAAAGUUCGUAUCGAUUGCAAACUACUGGAAGGAUCCCCGUCUGGAAUUUCAGGAAGAUUUUGAAACUCAUGUUCGUUAUUUAACUAAAGUUACAAAUGAUCCAAAUUCAAAGUGGUUUGAUAAAACAGAAGCUGCUGUACGUAAACAGAACUUUUUGAAACUGAAAAAACUAGUUUUGAUUGGUGGACCGGACGACGGUGUUAUCAUCCCGUGGCAGUCAAGCCUGUUUGGUUAUUAUGGCUCAGAUUCACAAAGUAAAAGCGUAGUCGAAAUGACACAACAAAAGAUGUUUUUGGAAGACUGGUUCGGAUUGAAAUCAUUGUACAAUCGCGGUGGUGUAUCUUCUUAUGUUUUUGCUGAUGUCAAGCAUAAUGAUUGGCAUGGCAACAAGACUGUGUUCCAUAAAGCUAUUGAACCAUGGCUCACAUAAAUUAACUUUUCCUAAAUAAGAAAAACUGGCCAUUGAUACUUCACUUGCAUAAUUGCAUAAACAGGAACUGACUUUACACUGCAAUACUAAUAAAAUUUCAUACCACAGACACAUAUAAUUUGCCUUUAGGCAGAAUUUUCGGUGGUUAACAAAAUAUGUAAAUACAAAUGUUAUAUACUUCUUUUCUUUUUUCUUAAAAUUACAUUGCUGAUGUUAAUCUGGGAAAAAUGAUUUACUGUCUAUAGUAUCAACACCUGUGUAUAUAUACGUUAGAUUGAAUCUGAAAUUGCAUGCGCCAGUCCACAGGA